GGAUUCAGUGAUGCGGAGCAUCAAGCAGUGGCUCAUGCGCUACUACAAAACGAAUCACAUCUUGAUGGCACACACUCCCACACGAGAACACUUGGUGGUCUUCAUCCUGCUUAUAUAGCCUUCAACAAGAUUCCAUCGUCUACGGAGAGGCAGAGUUUGACUCAGGGAGAAUUUGUUGAGGCGGCUCUUGAGGAUGUGUUUGAUGUACUUGCUACUCAAGACCAUCUUGAUGGUGGGUUGUCUCUUCUCAUUCGCUGCCCAGGAUCUCACUUCACAGAUGCUAUCACUCCCAAUCGUAUUGCAGUCGACCUCUAUGUCACUCCAUGA